AUGUUCUGGCAUUUCCAGACCAUCCGUCCUUACAUUUGCAACAUAACAAAUCGUGGUCAUGCCCUCACAUCCCAGCAGAUAUUGUGCAUCGCACUGCGUUUCUUUGCAAACGGAAGUUUUUUGUAUAAUGUCAGAGAUGCUGAGCACUUGAGUAAGGCAACUGUAUGCAGGGCGGUCAGAAAAGUGUGCCUCGCCCUGAAACGGCUUUUACCCAUCUUUGUCAUUUUCCCUGGACACAAACCUGUCAGAGCCAUCAAGGAGGAGUUCCACAGGAUUGCAGGAUUUCCCUGUGUGAUUGGCUGCAUAGAUGGCACACACAUUCCCAUCAAGGCUCCCUCACAUAAUGAAGCCAAUUAUGUGAAUAGGAAGUCCAUUCACAGCAUAAAUGUGCAGUCUUUAUUCCACACAUCAUUUCUAAUGUGGAGGCCAAGUGGCCCGGGUCUAUAUCGUGAGUCUAACCUGAGCAACAGACUGCAACGUGGAGAGUUUGAUGGCCUUCUGCUGGGUGACAGGGAUUACCCAUGCCAACCUAGGCUGCUGACCCCUUACCCUGACCCUGAACCAGGCCCCCAACAGAACUUCAACCAGGCCCACUGCAGGACGAGAGCCCGGGUGGAGAUGACUAUAGGCCUGCUGAAAGCCCGUUUCCAGUGCCUACGUCACCUCAGGGUGACCCCUGAGAGGGCCUGUGAUAUUAUUGUGGCAUAUGUUGUUCUUCAUGAUAUUGCCACUAUUUGA